UGCUGACAGAAAAGCACUGUGAUGAAUUCCCUGUUUCUCCUGAGCUGUCUAAGCUCCACCUGGUUUCUUAUAGUGUACUCACACAUGAUACUGGAGGAAAAGCCAUACACCAAUACGUCUUCUUCCUCGGGUCUACGGCAUGGGAGCCUGUCAGAUGCACCACCCAUCGUCAUUGUAGAGUUACCCAAAACCGCAAAGAAGAAAAAAAACAAGAAACCAAGAAAGAACAAAUUCAGCGUCAAAAACAAACGUCCACCUCCUCCCCCCAACUGCGUGCCAUUGUGGGGAAGCUGCAAAACCCCCAAUAAUGUGUGCUGUGAGUACUGCGCUUUCUGCCACUGCCGCCUCUUCAAGACUGUGUGCUAUUGUCGAAUGGGAAACCCGCGGUGUUGAAGACAUAAUAGAGGAUAUUGGCAUAUUCACAAGGAGAGAAAAUGUCGCUUUUAUUAUAAAUAAGAAUAGAAUAUGUUUCUGAACACUUCUAUAUUCAUGUGGACGCUACCAUGAUUUAUGGAUAGUGAUGAAUGAAUCAUGAAUAAUGGGGAGUGUGGAAGUUUCAGAGGCA